AUGUAUCUCUUACUAUCUCUUUUUCUUAUAAUUUGUUUUACUAAAAUUCAAUAUAUAUUAUGUGAUAGUGAUUUCCGUUGUGACAGAAAUACCCGUGCUUGUACACUUUUUGUCACACCAAAUGAUGUAGCAUUUACUAAUGUUAUUCUUCGUUGUAUUCAACCAUUAGAAUCACUUGAUCUUGAGUUUGAUGUUUACGGAUGGCAAAAGAAUCCAAGAGCAAUUGAUCGAGCUAAUGCAAAAAUAAAUAGAUAUGUUAGCAGGGAUGAAUUUAUGAGAAUUUGUAAACAUCUAAAUAUACUUGAUAAAUGUAGUGCAUCUAGAGGGUUGUCUAUUAUUGUUGCUGCACAAUUAGCUAGUGCUAAUAGAAUGAGAGAUCCUGGUGCUAUGCAACAAAGAGUUAAUUCACCAAUGGGAAUGGGUAAUCAACAAAUGAUGAGAGGAGGAGGUGGAGGUAUGAGUGGUAUGAAUCAGAUAGGUGGAACACAUAGUAAUCCAGGAUAUAAUUCAAUGGGUGGUAGUCCAAUGGGAAAUAGAAUGGGUGGCGGUUUUGGUGGUGGUAUGAAUCCUGGUGGUGGUCAUGGCAAUACUUUUCGUGUUGGUAGCGGUUAUAAUCCUAAUAUGCGUGACAAUGUGAUACCUUUCAGUGCUGCACAUGGUGGUAACAAUUUCGGAGGAUUCCGUGGAUAA